AUGGUGCUUCCUUUUCUCGCAACAAGACCUGAAAACAAGACGUUGACGGCGCGUCGCUUGGCUCAGUCCUUUGUAUCUGAUGAUGAGUCCUCUGUGUCUGAGAGCUUUAAGGAUCCUGCAGACAUAGUGUGGAGCUCCAGUGACAGCGAGUUAUCGGAUGAUGGGAGUAAGCAGUUGCUUUUUCAGCAUGGUAGUGUUGGAUGCAGAAAAGCAGAAGAUGAUGUCCCCCAAAAUACUGACCAGCAGAACGUCAGCGACAUUGAAUUUGACCAGAAAUCCACUACACCGGAGGCAGCUGAAAGUGAAGUUGAAAUCUCAGACUCCUCGGAGUCCUCAUCCAGUGUUGUAUCCGGUGACCAGCUCCAGGCUGACCGCGAACCCACACAAGCCAUACAGAUCGCAGAGUACUCUUCAGAUGAUUUGGAAGAAGCCCCGUCAUUGGUGGCGAGAUCAAACCGUUCACUCAAUGAUGAGCGACAGGCGUGUCCUCCAUUGGAAAGGUCUGCAAGUGACUGGGUGAGAACGGCGCAGGUUCUGCUACAGACGCCCGAAAAGGCCCCAGCCAAGGCUUCCAAGACGCCUGACGAUUCUGCCAAGAAGAGGAAACGGUUUCUUGGGGGAGGACUUGCAGAGAGGCUGAAUCGGCUGCAGAACAGAGAGAGGUCUGCCAUUAGUUUCUGGAGGCAUCAGUGCGACUCAGAUUGCAAGAUGCCUUUAGGGGAUAAAUCUGGAAUUCUUGUGUUGAAGAUAAUGGAGGUACACGAGGAGUGCUCAUUUCAGGUUGCUCUAUGCCAGAACCUGACAGGCCUCCCAAAUACUGAGGACACGUUGGCUUCUGAAUGUAGCCCUGCUGAGAUGAUGAAAGUUCUCUUCACUAAACAAACAGCCUCUCAGCUCAAAGGAUGCCAACAUGACAUCAUUCACAUCCAUCCCCCCUGGGUUAAACUUACGCUCAGACCUGACAAUAUGGCUGUAGUCUUGAAUACACAUUUUAGCCUAAGAAUGCCUGGAAAUCACAAUGAAGGGAAAGAUAAGAAAAUAUCCAGUUUAUUGCCCGAGAGGAAAAAAGUGGUGCCGUUGUCUUCGGUAUUUCACAUCAAUGACACGGAGUCUCCUGGUGAAGGACAGCCCAAGAUGUAUGGCAGCCGAGGCAGGCCUCCUGCAUCCAGCUUUACUGUGAACGACUCUCUCCUGGAUGUGGUGGAAACCCAAGGUGCGUCAGGAUGCAGAGGCUCGUGCAUGCGUGUGGUAGUCCAGCGUGUGUAUGGUCUUCCUACCAGAGACAAUGCUGCAUACUGUCUAGCGGGAAGUGUUAAACCCAUUGCACCCACUGCCGGCACUUCACAGAAGAUGGAUGUCAGGUUGUGCCUUCUCGUCCAGGAUGCCUAUGGGAUGUUCAGCGAGGUCCAUGUACAGUCCCCAGACUGUACUGCAGCAGAUAUAGAGUUGUACAGCAGGAGAUGGGAAGGAAAAACAUGCUCUGUGUCUGGCAUGAAGAUCCUACAGAGGACCACCAAAGGAAGAGCCCCAGGACUCUUCAGCCUGAUUGACAGCUUAUGGCCUCCUUUAGUGCCUAUAAAAAUUCAUGGUCAAAGUCAAGACCAAGGGCAGGUGCAGACUAACUUACCGUCACCCAGUUUUUGCUAUAUUUUUUCCGUUCAUCAUUAUGAGGUGGAUGACAGCAUCAGAGUGGAGGAGCAGAGCUCGAGGUUUUAUCUGCCACCUGUGGUCCACAAUCUCGAAGAAAUUCUGCAGGUGGUUGGUCUCAAUCAGCGCUGCAGCUUUUGGGUGACAGUGAUCUAUGUGAGGCCUGAGGUAGAUGGGGAAUAUCCUCCUCAGAAGGACAUCUGGAUGUUUGUGACGGACACUUCUCUGCAGGAGACGUUGGGUUGCUCUCCAAGGGUCCUGCCCGUUUGUGUGUCUCCCUCCUGCGUGCUGAGCAGAGGUGUCCUGUGGGGGCCGCUGCGCAGCCAACUGCCAUGUGCUGUGAGCUUUAAAGACGCAGUGAAAGAAAAUGGCAAGAUAAUCUGUGUUGAACGGACUGUUCUCUCAUUACAAAAGCCCCCUUUAUCCUGUGCUCUUGGCGUUAACGAGCUGACCGGCCCUGUCAUACUAGAUCAACUGGAUUCCACAACCGAAGCAAACUCGCUGUGUUCUGUGAAAGGUAUUGUCGUUGGAGUAAAUGAGAGAGCAGCCUUUUCUUGGCCUGUUUGUGACGGCUGUGGCAGCAGCAGACUUCAGCUCUCGGCUGAGGAUGGGGGAUUGAAUAAAUAUUUCUGUAGCAGUUGCUCCCGGGAUAUAAACUCCCCAAUAAUUAAGAUGCAGCUGGAAGUAUUUCUACGAUCUGAACAAGUACCUGGAUGUAAAGUGAGAUUAAAGCUGCUGCAAGGAACCAUAUCAUUCCUCCUGAGUUUUUGUGACAGCGAACUUGGGCGUUAUGAUGUGAACGGCAUUAUUGGAAAAGAAGUGGGACCCUUGAACUGUUAUGUCCAAACUAGCGCAGUCCGCCCGGAGAACACUCUGGCCUUGGAAGAAAUCUGCCUUCGGAGUGCAGGAAGCUGAACUGGACACCCCGGCAUCGACAGCAGAUACCCCGACAGCUGCCAGCACGUGUAAUGAUACUGCUGCACGGGCACCAGUAGGGUAGUCCCAAUGAUAGAUCCUUUGGAAUUGUCUCACCUGUGUUUAAGCAGGAAAUCUGUAUAAAUCAUUACCUGUAGUCUGGCUGUACCCAGCAGUGCGCUGAUGCAUCUGGACUUUGCCACAUACUGCAGCUAUUAGCUAACUGAAGUCAGUCAUGUUGUUUCUGUCCCUUGCUGUGACCAUCAUUGUCUGUCUGGCCUGUACGAGGUUUCAUUAUCCAGACACGUGGAACCCCCACGGUCAGA